UGUUCACUCAUCACGAUGUCUGUAAUUCUUUUAACACCAGAUGAACUAUCAAAUUCAUCAGAAACCAGAUUGUCUUUAGAAGAUCUCUUCAGAAAAGAGUUUAUAAUUCACAAUCCAGAAGCCAGAUGGAUUAAUGAUACAGAAGUGGUGUAUAAAAACAGGCAUGGACAUGUUGUUAAACUGAAUGUAGAAACAAAUACAACUACAUUAUUGCUGGAAAAUGCAACUUUUGUAACUUUCAAAGCAUCAAGAUAUUCAGUAUCUCCAGAUUUAAAAUUUGUUCUCCUUGCAUAUGACAUCAAACAGGUUUUUCAUUAUUCUUAUACAGCUUCAUAUGUGAUAUAUAACAUACAUACAAGGGAAGUUUGGGAGUUAAACCCUCCGGAAGUAGAGGACUCAGUUUUACAGUAUGCUGCAUGGGGUGUACAAGGACAGCAAUUGAUUUAUAUUUUUGAAAAUAACAUCUACUAUCAGCCUGACGUAAAGAGUAGCUCUUUGCGACUGACAUCUUCUGGAAAAGAAGGAAUUAUAUUUAAUGGAAUUGCUGACUGGUUAUAUGAAGAGGAACUGCUUCAUUCUCACAUUACUCAUUGGUGGUCACCUGAUGGAGAAAGGCUGGCAUUUCUGAUGAUAAAUGACUCAUUAGUGCCAAACAUGGUUAUUCCUCGUUUUACUGGGUUUUUGUAUCCCAGAGGAAAGCAGUAUCCAUAUCCAAAGGCAGGUGAAAUGAAUCCAACAGUGAAGUUAUAUGUAGUCAAUCUAUAUGGACCAACGCACACAUUGGAACUCAUGCCACCAGAUGGCUUUAAAUCAAGAGAAUAUUAUAUAAUGAUGGUGAAGUGGGUCAGCAAUACAAAGACUGUGGUGCGCUGGUUGAACAGACCUCAGGACUUAUCAAUCCUUACAGUGUGUGAGACGACAACUGGUGCUUGUAGCAUGAAAUAUGAAUUUACAUCUGAAGUAUGGCUUUCUAAACAGAAUGAGGAGCCAGUUUUUUCUAAAGAUGGCAAUAAAUUCUUUAUGACAGUUCCUGUUAAGCAAGGGGGGCGUGGAGAAUUCCACCAUAUUGCCAUGUUUAACGUUCAGACCAAGAGUGAACAAUUUAGUAUACGACAUCUGACAUCUGGAAACUGGGAAGUUAUCAAAAUCUUGGCAUAUGACGAAAAUACCCAAAAGAUUUACUUUCUAAGUACAGAGAAUUCACCCAGAGGAAGACAACUACAUAGUGUAUCCACAGUGGAAUUGUUGAAUCGUCAGUGCCUUUCAUGCAGUUUCAUGAAAGAUCAGUGCACAUAUUUCAGCGCAAAGUUUAGUCCUUCAAUCAAGUAUUUUAUCCUGCAAUGUAAAGGGCCUGGUGUUCCCAUCAUCAGUGUACACAGUACGAAUAAUCCUGAAAAAUUUUAUAUAUUAGAAAAUAAUUCUGUAUUAAAAGAAGCAAUUUUGAAGAAAAAAAAAUUCCGGACAGAAACCCGAAUGCUUCACAUUGAUGAUUAUGAACUUCCCUUACAGUUGUCAUUUCCAAAGGAUUUCACAGAUCGGAAUGCAUAUCCACUUCUGUUAAUAGUUGAUGAAGCUCCAGGCAGCCAGUUGGUUACAGAUAAGUUUCACAUUGACUGGGAUACUGUGCUUGUCAACUCUGAUAAUGUCAUCGUUGCUCAGUUUGAUGGACGAGGGAGUGGAUUUCAAGGCUUAAAGAUUCUGCAAGAAGUCCACCGUUCCUUAGGAUCCGUGGAAGUGAAGGACCAGAUAGCAGCGGUAGAGUACUUAUUGAAGCAAUCAUUUGUGGACUCUAACAGGCUGAGCAUUUUUGGAAAGGGCUAUGGAGGCUACAUUGCAUCAAUGAUUCUCAAGUCCAACGAAAGGCUUUUCAAGUGUGGAGCUGUGAUUGCACCAAUCACAGACAUGAGAUUGUAUGCAUCAGCUUUUUCAGAACGGUACUUAGGCAUUCCAUCUAAGGAAGAAAAUGCUUAUCAGGCAUCCAGUGUACUGCACAAUAUUCACGGCUUUAAAGAAGAAAAUUUGUUAAUCAUUCACGGAACAGCAGAUACUAAAGUCCAUUUCCAGCAUUCAGCAGAAUUAAUUAAACAUCUAAUAAAAGCCGGAGUGAAUUACACUAUGCAGAUCUAUCCAGAUGAAGGUCAUUAUAUCACAUCAGAGAAGAGUAAAUAUCACCUUUAUAGCACAAUUCUUGGCUUCUUUAGUGCUUGUUUAAAGGAGGACGCACCAAUUUUAUCACAAGAACCAGAGGAAGAUGAAUAA